AUGUCUAAGAAAAAGGCAGAUUUGCCUCCCAAAUCUGUGCUUUUUGGGCGCGUAGGAACAAAUUUAAAAUGUGGCAUCGUUGGUCUUCCCAAUGUUGGGAAAUCCACGUUCUUUAACGUUCUAACUAAGAGUUCUGCUGCCGCUGCCAACUUCCCUUUUUGUACGAUAGAUCCUAAUGAAAGUCGGGUUGCCGUACCCGAUGAGCGCUUCGACUUCCUUUGUGCUCACCAUCAACCUGCAAGUCGUGUCCCUGCAUACCUUAAUGUGGUUGAUAUCGCUGGCCUAGUCAAAGGUGCACAUGAAGGCGCUGGACUGGGAAAUGCAUUCCUGUCCCACAUAAAAGCUGUCGAUGGAAUUUUUCAAAUGCUUCGCGUCUUCGAGGUCCCAGACGUUAGUCAUGUUGAAGGGGAUGUAAAUCCAAUUCGCGAUAUGGAAAUUAUUGAAGAAGAGCUGCGGCAAAAAGAUGAGGAAUACGUAAAAAACAUAUGGGAAAAGCUUGAAAAGGCAGUCAUUCGUGGUGGCGACAAAAAACAGAAGCCUGAUUUCGAAUGUAUAACCAAAGCGAAGCAUCUUCUUUGUGAAGACCGCAAAGGGAUUCGUUUUGGGGAUUGGAAUGCUGCAGAGAUCGAAAUUCUGAACGACCAUCUCUUCAUUACUGCCAAGCCAAUGGUCUAUCUUAUAAACAUGUCUGAAAAGGAUUUCUUCCGAAAGAAGAAUAAGUGGUUACCGAAAAUCAAGGAGUAUGUUGACACUCAUGACCCCGGCGCAGCGAUGAUUCCGUUUUCGGCGGAUUUUGAAUUACGUUAUGCCGAAAUGUCAGAAAAUGAGAAGAAGUCCUUUGCCGAGGAAAACCCCACCACACAUUCACAGCUACCAAAAAUAAUUCAAACGGGAUAUAAAGCUCUUCAGCUAAUUUAUUUCUUUACUGCUGGAAAGGAUGAAGUCAAGGCAUGGACAAUUCAGAAAAACACAAGGGCCUCUCAAGCAGCAGGCAAGAUCCACACGGACAUGGAACGUGGUUUUAUCAUGGCUGAAGUAAUGAGCUUCGACGAAUUCAAGGCUGAAGGAUCUGAAGCCGCUUGCAGAGCGGCCGGUAAAUACCGGCAAAAGGGACGUGACUACAUCGUCCAGGACGGUGAUAUUAUAUUCUUCAAGUUCAAUGCCGGUGCUGGUUUGAAGAAGAAAUAG